UGAAAAGUUCUAUCAGGGCAAAAUUAAUGUUUUAUAAAAUUCGCGAAUUAAAGUUGGAAAAGUUGACUAGAAAAAUUUUGUUGUCCAACGACGGCACAAAAGUGUAAAAAAAAGCGUGCUGCUAGCAGCUGUCAUUCGUCAUAGUGACUGCAUAGCGCUUAGCUAAUUACAUACAAACACUAACAAAGCGCCUUAUAUAUAUGUGUGACUGACAGAGCGUUUGCAAACGUAUGUAUGAGUGUGGAUAAACAGAAAAACAUUUUGAGAAUUUAUAAUAAAUAAAAUAAACAUACAUUUUGAGUUUUUGUUUAGAAUUCAUUAAAGCAAGCUAAAAGACAAACUUAAAAACCUAAAGGAGAUAGAUGUUAAAGAAUUCAUGGGCUGUGAGUGCGUGUGUUGUGUUGCUUGAUUUGGGACUAUUGAUAAAAAAUAAAAAAAAAACAUUUCAUAAGAAAAGUAAAUUCUGAUGUAUGCUUAGAAAAGGCCUCUGUUGAAAGGGGGGUAGUUACGCUUGCGUUUAAUGGCCGAAAAUGGAAACUUAAACAACAACAAUUUUGACAACUUCAAUAGCACACAAUCAACAAGGGAAUUUAUAAAUAGAUCAGCAACAACAACAACAAUAAUAACAACUGGUAUAAAUUCAACAACUACGUCAUUAUCAGGGACAACCACUGCAAAUAUCAUAGAACCACCAGGCUUGAGCGAAAGGGAUGCCACACAUUUCCGCUUACGAGACGGUGUAAUUGAGGGCUUCGAAUAUCUGACUUGUUUAAGUUGUGCAGAAUCCUUUAAAUCCACUUCCCUCAUAGAAGUCUACGAGCACUACAGAGAACGACCACACCUAAGACACUACGCAAAUUGCCUGUACUGUCAAGGUAAAGUGCAUCAAUAUUAUCACAAUCGCCAACAACAAUAUAAAUACUAUCAUAAUUGUUUGCGCUGGAAAAGAGGAGAAGAUAAUUAAUGAUGAUGAAAUAUGAAUCCUAUUCUGUUUCCAUUAGCGAACAGAGAGAUAGUGUGAGCGCUGAAUCUGCCGAGUCCGAUUAUUCGGAUGUCGAUGGCAGAUGUGAGGAUGAUGCCAGUAGCAUUAGCUCGCGCAAUAACAAUGGCAGUUCGGGUGGCUUUGGCAAACGUUGGUCCAAAUCGGAAGAUAAUCUACUCAAAAGUCUGGUGGAGCAGCAUGGCGAUAGAUGGGAUCUUAUAGCUCCUCAUUUCAAAGAACGCACAGAACCUCAGGUCCAGCAGAGAUGGGCUAAAGUUCUUAAUCCCGAAUUGAUAAAAGGGCCCUGGACUAAGGAAGAGGAUGAAAAAGUUAUGGAGCUAGUCAGACGUUUUGGUCCCAAAAAAUGGACUCUUAUAGCUCGCUACCUCAAUGGACGCAUUGGUAAACAAUGCCGAGAACGUUGGCACAAUCACUUAAAUCCCAACAUUAAGAAAACCGCCUGGACCGAAGAGGAAGAUCGCAUCAUCUACCAGGCUCACAUGCAGUGGGGCAAUCAAUGGGCUAAAAUAGCUAAACUUUUGCCGGGACGUACAGACAAUUCCAUAAAAAAUCAUUGGAAUUCCACAAUGCGUCGUAAAUACUACGACAAUGAACGAAAAUCCACACGACCCUGUUCGGACUUGAAAAGCUCUAGAUCACAUCUUAAAACACUUAUCAAAUCGGGCGCUGUCAUGACACCGGGCCUUGUUUUGUCGGCCCAAAUCUUACAAAGGAACGAAAAUAAAAGCCUACCGCCUGAGAAGAAACCCUGUAUUGCUAAAAUAUCUACCAGACCCACACCAAAUAUUCUCAAAAGAGCUAAACAACAAAAUCAACUGCAACAAAUGCAUGAUUUCAAUUUGAAUUCUCAUCAUUUAAAUCAUCCAAACAGCAAACAUGAUGUUAAACUACCCGAUUCACCUGUUAUAACGCCCAUUAAAACUCUACCAUUUUCACCCAGUCAAUUCUUAAAUUCACCCUGUCUAACCACAUUCGAAGAUAUGAAUUUACAUGCCAGUACACCCGUAAAUAAGAAUCACAAUCGUUUGGGCGCUGAAACGAAAAAGGAAUUGGAAUCCUCUUCUAUAGAAACGCCACAUAAAAGCUUUAUUGGUCCCCGUACACCAACACCCUUCAAAAAUGCACUGGCUGCCUUGGGUAAAAAACGUCGCGGCGAACGUUACAUUCCACCCAGUCCCUCCAGUUUGGUCGAGGAUCUGGCCGAAAUCAUUCACGAUGAGCAAUUAAAUGACACCAUUCAAACAAAUAAAGCGGUUGUCAAAAAGGAAAACAUACCCGUAUCGACAGCAACAGCCGCUGGCAGUCAUAACAACUCUCAACUGCCACCGCCCACAAAGAAAGCACGCAAAUCACUUAUAACCUCCUGGGGAGAAAAUGUAAUGCCAACAAAUCACUCUUCCCAAGAGUCAAAAAUGGACAAAAAACCUCAACCAUUUGAAACGGAAACACCCAGUAAGUUUUUGAUAUCGGCUGAGUCCAGCAUUAUGAGGGAUACACUGUGCAGUGAAAAUGAUUUGCUGCUUGACGAUGAUGAGGCCAGAGAUGAUGAUGAUAAGAAGGAGAACAAACCACAGCUGGACACUGUGCUGGCACGCCAGCGAAAUUCUCAACAAUACCUAGAUCCAAAAUGGGAGAAAAUGGCCUGUGGCCAAACCAAAGAUCAACAAUAUAUGGUGCAACAGGCUCACGCCUGUCUUAAGAAUCUCGCCCUAAUGCCCAGAUCGUUGAAUUUCGAAAAGCAAAAAUAGUCAGACGAUUUAAUGGAGCGGAGAAAGUAGAAAGUACCUUUAAAAAUAAACAACAAAAACUGAAGCAAAUACAAUUAGUUAGUUACUUUUUUAAGAUAAUUGCAAUGAGUUCAAAAGUCAAAAAUGAGAAUUUCAAUUAAAAUUACUCUAAAUUGUAAUUAUCGCUCCCCUGUUUUGUAAAUCGAGUGAUUUCAGAACCAAGCGAUUUUCAAAAGCAAAUAAUUGGAAAAUGUAUGUUUUUGUACAUUGAAACAGUUUUGUUUACUCGAAGCUAGAACGAGUAAAUCAUGUGAAUUCGUUUUAAAAACGUUACUCAUAUUCAGUUUACAGAACACAGGGGGGUAUAUUUCAAGAACUUCAUUGCUAAUACUAAAAACAGUAACUACUUUUUUUACAAUAAUUGGUAGAAUUUUUAAAUACAUAUUAUUAUAUAUUUUAAUUAACUACUCGUGGAAUUUAAAAAUAUACGAGAUUUACGAGUAGCCUAUACAAAUAUUUAUCAUUUCGUUGGUAUACACUGUUUUUUUCCUUUUGAAAUUUUAGUUUUAAGUCAAAAACAUAAUAUAAUAUUUUGAAAAAAUGCAUAUAUGCAAAUGCGUAUUAUUCUUUUUUAACCAAUAUUAUUGUAUGUAGUAUAAGUAUAAAAAAAAACUAUUCCUUUAUUUUUUGCAACAAAUUUAAAAAUUAAAUAUAUAUAUAUAUAAAAUAAGUCCUAACCUAUAUAUAAUUAAUUGAUUGAUUUUAAGGCAAAACAAACAAACCAAAUGGAUACAAAACAAAUUCAUUUUAUUUUAUUUUUUUCGCAUACUAUUUUGAAAUUUUGUUUAUGCUGCACUUUAUAUAUUUCAGAUACUACUAAUAAAUUUAAAUAUGUGUAAAUUUUCUUUUCCUUUUUUUUACUCUAAAAAUAUCAAUUAUUAUUGUAUUAUAAAAUAAUAUGUAAGUACAUAUAAACAAAAUAAAUAAAAAUUUAUAUAUAAAUAAAUAUAAACAUAUAAA